CCUAUUCAUUUAUCUUCUUCAAAGACGCCCCUGUGUUAUAGGGAACAUUGAGUCCUAUUCAGUCACCUCAUCGGCACGUUCGUCAGACCGGGACCCGGCGGAAACCUAAUCACGCGUCGCGUGUUGGUUAUGGCUCCGUAGCCAGAGGCGCACGCGAUCAUAUCCACAUACCAUCCGCACCACGUUCACCGGUGCUGUGGGACCUGGCGAGCGGAAACUUCGGAGGCGUUGGCUCGUUGAGUCAUUGAUUGAAACUUGGUGGAUUCCGUCGCCUGGGGGGGCGAACUGGGUACAAAGAUGCUUCUACGUCUGCCGCCCAGCCUGCAUUACCCCAUCACCAUCACCUCGUUGCUGAAGAAGCCUGGUGAUGAGGUGAAGAGGGAUGAAGCUUUGUUUUGGUAUGUUUAUUACUCAGAGGUUGAGGAGGGCGAUGGCGUAGGGAAUAUCAUAAAGGUGCAGCGAAAGUUCCCAACCCGAUUUGAAUCGCCUGUUGAUGGCGAGGUCCAAGAGUGGAAAAUAUCCAAAGGAGAUGUCAUUGAUGAACCGGUUGACGUGAUUGAGAUCUACGAGCCAUGUGCCCAUGAGGUACAAUUCGGGGGGAUGUGCGCAGAGUGUGGAAAGGAUAUGACUGAAGCUUCAUACAACACCGAAAUUAUGGAUUCCUUCCGCGCGCCGAUUCAGAUGUCCCAUGACAACACAACGUUGACGGUCAGUGAGAAGGAAGCCACGCGUGUUGAGGAGGAUGCCAAGCGUCGUCUUUUGGCAUCUCGACGUCUUUCACUUGUGGUGGAUCUUGAUCAGACCAUUAUCCACGCUACUGUCGACCCCACCGUCGGAGAAUGGAAAGAGGACAAGGAUAACCCGAACUACGAAGCAUUAAGAGGUGUCAGGCAGUUCAGGCUGAUUGAUGACGGCCCGGGGAUGCGUGGCUGUUGGUACUACAUCAAGCUGCGGCCAGGGCUGGAGGAUUUCUUACAGAACGUUGCCGAGCUUUAUGAAUUGCACAUCUACACCAUGGGUACUCGAGCAUAUGCACAAAACAUUGCCGAUAUCAUUGAUCCAACACGCAAGCUUUUUGGGGACCGUAUUCUCAGCCGUGAUGAGAGCGGAAGUCUAACGGCUAAGAACCUCCAACGUUUGUUCCCAGUUGACACAAAGAUGGUCGUCAUUAUUGACGACCGUGGUGAUGUGUGGCGCUGGAAUCCCAACCUUAUCAAGGUCUCUCCCUACGACUUCUUCGUCGGGAUUGGUGACAUCAAUUCCAGUUUCUUACCCAAGAAACAGGAUAUUGGUGCGACUGCGGUCAAGCCCGCAAAGCCUGAAACAAAGGAGCAUGCUAAUGGUUCAGCUGAGAAACCGACUGAUGUCUCCGCAUUAGAACAACUGGUAACAAUGGGAGGCGGUGAUAAUCCAAGAUUGCUGCAGGAGCAGACCAAUGCUCAAGAGGAGACAAUAUUGCAUCAGGUGGAAGAUAGGCCGUUGUUGCAAAAACAAAAAGAAUUAGAUGCCGAGGAUGAUGCAAGUGCCGAGAGCACACCCAACAUUGACGAAUCUCAACCCCGACAUCACCUACUUGAAGAUCACGACCGAGAGCUUUUCCAGCUUCAGGAACGUCUAGAGCAAGUUCAUCUCCAAUUCUUUGACGAGUAUGAUAAGAAGCGAUCCAGUGCGCUGGGAGGCCGAGUGGCGGCCUUGAGGGGUGAGAAGACACCGCUAAAAGACAAGGAUGUUGACUUGAAGUUGGUUCCUGACGUCAAGGAUAUUAUGCCCCGAAUCAAGGCGCAGAUUCUCGGAGGAGUGGUCAUGGUUUUCUCAGGUGUUCUUCCUCUCGGAUCAGACACACAGAAUGCUGAUAUUUCCCUGUGGGCCAAGACAUUCGGUAUCGUCAUCGCAUCACGAAUCAAUAGCCGCACUACUCAUCUCGUUGCUGGCCGAAACCGGACCGCGAAAGUGCGCGAAGCCACACGGUACCCAAAUGUCAAGAUCGUCACAACGCAGUGGCUUCUGGACUGCCUGACAAGUUGGAAGCGUCUUGAUGAGGAGCCCUACUUGCUUCCUGUUCACCCCGAUGAUCGUGGUGAGCCUCUCUCCCCUGGCUCGCAAGAACUCGCCGAGAGCUCCUGGCUAUCCUCCUCGGACGAGGCCACGGGCUCAUUCUGGACUGAUGAUGAAGGAAAUCCAGAGUCCGAACUGUUCAAGGAUACCGGCCUUGACGAGAGAUCACAUAUCGGAUAUGACGAGGAUGAGCAAGCUGCUGUACAUGACGAGCUCAAGGAGUUCCUCGGUAGUGAUGAUGAGAGUGAAAGCGACAGCGAGGCAUGGGGGGAUGAGGGGUCUGCGGGCAAGAAACGGAAGCGCGGAGACGGGGACGGAGCAACUGACGAUGAGUCUGGCGAGGAUGAGGACGAUGCUGAUCAGCAAGGCUCAAAGCUCUCGCAACGCAUUAAGCGUUCGUACAAGCGGAGUACCGGUCUUCGAGAAGUUGCAAGCGUUGCUCCCACCGAUUCCGAUGAGUCCCGUAUGACACUACAGGCCGAUGAAGAAGAACAGGAUAUCGACAAAGCGGAUACCACCCAAGAUCAAGAUGAUGCACACCCGGACUAUGAUGAAGAUGAUCUGGAGCGAGAGAUGCUCGCUGCAUUCGAAGAUGAUGACGAUGGAGAGGACGUAGUCGAUGAAAGUCUUUGAUUUUCCUUACUUCCUCUGGUCUACCCCUGUUCCUCUAUUACUGUCCGAUCUACACUCUCCCCUUCGAUUCGACUGUAUCUUCUAUCUGAUUUGUGCAGUUGCAAGCGCUCCUGCCAUAGCGACGGCGUUCGCAGUGAUUUUUCCCAUUGCUCGUUUUAUGUAUUUCCUGCUAGUUCUGGAUUGUAUCUACUUCGUUAUUGAGUAGACUCCAACUAGUGUCCAAUGUCAAAUACGUGGGAUGUAUUCCCUUAACUAUUUCCAUCAUAUCAAAAUUAUCAAACUGC